GUAGAUAUAACAAAGAACUUAACCAAUUUAAUUCAAUUAGAUCCAAAAGCAGAGAUUGUUGUUAGUGAAUAUCAAGAUGGAGAUUUUACAACGACUGGAAUUCAAGGACAGAAUAAAUUUGAUUAUAACUUGAUUAAAAAGAAAACAAUAAAAAAGAAUACUAUGAAAAGAAAGCAUCUAAAGUCUAUUACAGAAAAGGUACCAAUUCUAUGUUCUAAUACAACAAAGAAAUGUUGUUCAUAUGGUAUACGUGAACCAAUUGAACCUUGGUUCCCAUUAGAUUCAUUAUUAGAAGGAAAUAGUCGGAUUAACCAGAAAACAAAUUCAAAUUUACGCUUGAAUCGAUCUAAAAGUUGUGAUAUUAACAAUUUCAAAUUACCAUGGCAACCUGAAUUCAGCAACUUAUAUCAUAGUUCACCGAAUUUAAUGAAUCAACCAACUGGUGAAUUGGUUAUCAAUCAAAAUUUUUCAAGUAUAUUACAUGAAUUAACCCAACAAAGAAAGUUAAUAUUAGAUAUGGAAGAACAGGCUAUUGAUAAUCUGGAAGACAAGAUAUCAUCAGAAGAUUGUAAUUCCAACGAAAAGAAUAAAAUCUUUACAACAAUCCAUUCGAAUGAUGAUUGUAUUGUACAUACUACUAAGAAUCACAUGGAUGAUUUGGAAACAAUUUCUCAUACAAAAUCAAUGAAUAUAUCUAAUCACCAUGACAACAAAACUCCUCAAAAUUUAAAUAAUCCAACUAUAAUAACUACACAAUCGAUUUAUUUAAAUUUAUCUGAUAUAGAAUUAUAUAAACAAAAUCAAUUAAAAAUCAAUAAUAAUAAUUUACAAAUUGAUUGGAUUAAAACAAUCAAAAAAUUACCAGAAAAUAUUGAACCAAUUUUAGAAUAUUUUGGAUCAACUAAACAAGAUCAAUCUACGAAUAUUAAGUUAGUUACAAAUGAAAUAGAAAAUCUUACAUAUGAAAUCAACAAAAAUCCAUCGACGAUCAAAUUAGGAUUUGAUUUAUGUAGACGUGGUGCAUUAUACAGAAAAAUUGGAAGAUUACAAGAUGCUAAGGCUGAUCUUCUUAAAUCUAUUCAAAUUGAAUCAAAAUUAUCAUCUGCCUAUUGGCAUAUACAUUUUAUAUUCUUGCUUGAAGGUAAAAUAAAAGAGGCAUUAUAUCAUUUGGAACAAUGUAUGAAAUAUACUAAUAUGAUUGAACCAAUACAAAACUUUACUACUACUACUUCUAAUAACAAUAGUACUACUACUACGACGAAGACGGCGGCGGCAAUGGUGACGAGUACUACUACUACGACGACGGCGGCGGCGACGGCGAUGACCACGACUACUACUGACAACAGAAAUAAUAAUAGUAAUAUGAAAAGUUUCAAUACUAAUCUCCAUCAGUUUUAUCAUGACAUUCUUAAUUCAAAAGCAUUUAUUUAUUCAUUAUUAAAUGAUUCUAAAAUGGAAAUUGAAAUAUGGACAAAAUUAAUUCAUUAUAAUCCGACAUAUGAAUUAGCUUAUGAGAAAAGAGCUAAUCUUUAUCUCAAGUUAAAAAUGUAUCAUCAAGCAAAUACUGAUUUUAUGAAAAUCCUCUGUAUAAAUCCCAAGUCAAACUAUGCUCAAUUUCAAUGUGGUUUAUAUAAAUUUCACUCGAAGGAUUGGAGAACAGCAAUCUCUUAUUUUAAAAUGGUUCUUGUUAAUAAUCCAUCAUAUUUUGAAGCAAGAUAUUAUUUGGCUAGAUGUCUAUUAAAAUUAUCUAAUUAUAAUACAGCUUUAGCUGAAUUAACAGCUUGUCUUUACUUUCAACCAUUGUAUUAUAAAGCUUUAUAUAUACGUGGUUGUCUACUGACUAAAACAUGUCCAUUACAAUCAUUACGUGAUUUAACAUUGUGUAUAUAUGUUGGUAAUCAAAAAUAUCAAACUAUGGCUUUUAUCCAACGUGGAUUAAUGUUUAAUCAAUUAAAAAGGUAUAAAAUGGCAGUACAUGAUUUUCAAGCAGCUUUGAAUAAUGGAUUUCCUCAAUCAACUGAUAUCUACCGUCUGUUAGGAUUAACCUAUAUACAAUUGAAUCUAACAACUAGAGCUAUUCAAGCGUAUACAAAUGGAAUAAAUAAAGAAACAAUACCAGAUAUAAAAUUGUUAUUAUGUAGAGCAGAAGCUUAUUAUCAAUCAAAUCAAUUUUACAAGGCAAUAUUCGAUAUACAACGUGUGAUACAUUUAAGUCCUCAUUUAGCAACUACUUAUUUAUUACUUGCAAAUUAUUUAUAUAAAUUAAAAAAUGCUCAAUUGAUUCAACGUUCUAUUCAACAAUAUUUAAGUUUAGCCGAAGAAUGUGUAAUUCAUAAACAAGCUAAACAAAUGGCAUUAGCGUAUUACUAUCUGAAGAAAUAUAAAGAAGCUGAGACCAUUCUAUUAGAAGAUACAAAGCAUCAAUUGGUAUUAAGUAAUAUAUUAUUACUUGGUCUCAUCAUGGAUAAACAACAAAAAACAAUGAAUUCUAUUGAAUUAUUAGUAAAUAGUUUAAAGAAAUUAAAUUGUAAAAAACUUGAGAAAAUAGAAAUCUAUAAUCAUCUUGGUCAAUAUUAUAUGAAAAUAGGAGAUUAUAUACCAGCUAUUGAGGCUUUCACAAGUUUCAUUCAUUAUGAUCCUCAUAGACCACAUGUUUACUUAUAUCGUGCUCAAUCUACAUGUCGAUUGAUAGCUAUACACCUUCAUAAAGGAACUAUCUUACCUAACGAUUUCAAUGAUAAUGUAUUAGAUGAUAUAAGUCAAGCAUUAGUUUUAAUCCAUUCUAAAAAGUCUUCAGUAGAUCAAAUUCAUUUGAAUGGACCUAUGAAAUAUGUUGAUUUAAUUGAUCAAUGUUUAUUAACACGAAUUAUAUAUUUUGGUAUCAAUCAACGUUAUACAAAAGCUAUACUUAAUUGUAAUGAAGUUAUUCAUAGAAGAUCAGAAUGGACAAGAAUAUGGAUUUAUCGUGGUGUAUACAAAUAUUUAUUAAAAACUAUGGAUUUUUGUGAAGCUGAUUUAAAUAUAGCUAUAGAAAAAGAUCAGAAAUCUUCUUUAGCUUAUUAUAAUCGUGGUUUGUGUCGUCAAACACAAGAUAAAUGGAAUGAUGCAAUUGAAGAUUAUGAUCAAGCUAUUAAAUCUGGUACUUUAAAUGGAUCAGUUCAACUUUAUAGUUUAAUUAAUAGAUCAAUCAUAUAUAUAGAAAAACGUCAAGAUUAUCAUAAAGCUAUAAAGGAUUUAUAUCAAGCUAAAACUAUUAUGGAUAAAUUGAUGAAUUAUACAAUUCAAAAUGAAACUAACUCAGAUUUGUUUAUUAAAUUAAUGUAUACAAUUGGUAUUUGUCAUCAAAGACUUGAAAUGUAUCCUGAAGCCGAACAGAUAUUGCAUAAUUUAACAAUUCAACAACCAAAUUUUCUAAAAGGAUAUAUUGCAUAUGCUAAUUGUUUAAUGGAUUAUGAAGGUUAUAAAAUCAAAAUGAAUGAAACGAAUUCAAAGAAUCUUUGGAAUCAAGCAUUGAAUGAAUAUGAAUUUGCUUUAAAAUUAGAUGAAUACAAUUUAGAAGCAAGUAUUGGUUUAUCAAUGUGUUUACAGGUUCUAGGACGUUUAAAUGAUGCAUUAAAACAAAUUACACAUACUUUAAAUAUUUAUUAUGAUCAUCAUGAAUCUAACUAUAAUGAAUUAACAAAUGAGAAACACAAUAAAUUACUAGCUGAUGCCUAUGAUUGUAGAGGUAUUAUAUAUUUACAACUUGGUAGAUUUCAAUAUGCUAUUGAUGAUCUUACAAAUUCAAUUCGUUUAAAUCGUUAUUCAACAAAAUAUCUAAUUAAUCGUGGUGUUGCAUAUUUUUGUAAUCAUCAACUUAUGCCUGCUAUGAUUGAUUUCAAAUAUGCUAAUCAACUUGAUUCUACCAAUGAUUUAGCUUAUUAUCAUCAAGCAUUAAUUUAUUUACAUCAUGGACAAUUUGAACAAGCUGAAAAUCGAAUCAAUCUAAUUAUAAACAUAAAACAAUCACUAUCAUUUAUCACUAAUCAAUUACAAUCAAUAUGUUUAGAUCCAAGUGUAUGGUUAUUAAGAUCAAUCAUUAAAUUAAUGAAACAUAAAUCGAAUGAUUAUUCUGAUUCUAUAUUAAAUGAAGCAUUAGAUGAUGCCUGUUAUGCGGAACAAUUAAUAGUACCGAAAUUAAUGAAUCAAUUAACUAGUUGGCCACAUUUACAUUAUACUAAAGGACAAAUAUUAUAUAAAUUAAAAGAUUAUAUAAAAGCUGAUGAAGAAUUUACAAAAGCUCUCAGUUUAUUACCAUCCAAUAAGUAUAUCUAUCAAAUACGUUGUAAAUGUCGUGAAGAAAUGUAUCGUACCGGUUUGAGUAACUCAUAUGAAAAUGCAUUAAUUGAUUAUCGUUUAUCACUUUUGGCUAAUGAUGUAACUAACCAAUAACAUCUAUGUAUACACAAAUAUAAUUUACACUUCAUUUAUAUAGACUAAUAUAACUUAUAUAUUUGUUCAUUCAUGUAUUGGCUUCGCCACUCCUAUGAAUCCGGUGUUCAUCUUGCUGUGCUAAUGCGGUAUGGCGACUUGGACCGAUGCAUAUAUGUACCUGAUCGUACGUUGUAGCUGACUGACUGACUGACUGACUUGACAUUAUUCUUCAACUUAAAUGUUGAUUUUGAUUGAAGUUAUGAAUUGUUCAAUGUUAAAUCAUC